GUCUUGCCUAUAACAUUUCUGUUGCAACAUAGUUUUACGCUAAAAUACAGAUCUAAAAUACUGACAGUACCACCGAAGCAGAAAUCUUCCCACACUCGCUCUCUUUUUAGCUGACUCCCAACUCUGCACUUCACUCCACCUUCCCCUUCCACCCGCUUCACACAUCCAAAUCUCACUUUUUUUUCCUUUUCUUUUUUUCGGGAAAAAAAUAAAUCCCACAUUUUCUCAGAAAAUUUUUCCUAUUCCUUUCACAUUUCAUUGUCACUCAAAUCCCGACUUUCAGCUGAACUCACACCUCCCCAAAGAAAGUGAGAAACUUUCCCUUUCUACAGAGAUCCAUACCUUCAAUUUUCCCGGAAAGCUUAAAAAUUUUCCCCAAAAAAAACUGAAAAACCAUUUUGAUGGCAAAUGCAUGGAAAAGAGACAAACCCACACAGUUUUACCAAUCGAAAACCAUAUGCUUACUAAUCACAAGCACUCUCCUUUUUCUUACUUUCUUCGUCUACCUCACAAACCAACCCUCAAACCCUAACCCUAACCUUUUCUUCAAAACCCAAUUCCCAUUCUACCCAAUCCCACCAUUCGAUUGCCUGAAAUGCCCUCAAUCCCACCCAGUGAUCGCCAACCUCGUCGAGGGCCUCAAAUACCCUUUUCUCUACUCUCUCUCCGACCUCGGAACCCUACCCGAUAAGCCUCACAAGAACAUUGUCAGAAUGCUCAAAGGGAAACUCUUUCGCAAACCCGAUAUCUCCGUUACCAUCCAGGAGGUUCUCGGCAAAUUGAAAACAAGCGGAGAGAGAGGCAAUGGGCUUGUUGUCGAUGUCGGUGCCAAUGUCGGCAUGGCGAGCUUUGCUGCCGCCGCAAUGGGGUUUAGGGUUUUGGCUUUCGAGCCGGUUUUCGAGAACUUGCAGAGGGUUUGUGAUGGGAUUUAUUUCAAUCGGGUUGGGGAUUUGGUCACUCUUUUCAAUGCCGCCGCCUCGGACCAGAAUGGGAACAUUACAUUCCAUAAGUUGGUUGGUCGGCUUGACAAUAGUGCUGUUUCAGCAACUGGGGCAAAGAUGGCAUUCAAAUCCAAUGAAGAGAUAGCACUUCAAGUAAGGUCCAUCCCCCUUGAUGAAGUAAUACCAGAAUCAGAGCCUGUGGUUCUGAUCAAAAUAGAUGUUCAGGGCUGGGAAUAUCAUGUGCUGCAAGGAGCCUCAAAGUUACUAUCAAGAAAGGGAAGGGAAGCCCCAUAUCUCAUCUAUGAGGAAGAUGAGCGAUUGUUGCAAGCCAGUAAUAGCAGUGCCAAGGAGAUACGUGACUUCCUUCAUAGUGUUGGUUAUAGUCAUUGCACCCAGCAUGGUACAGAUGCUCACUGCACCAAGAGUGGUUGACAUAGUUUCCUACCUUAAAGUUUGCCAUGAAAAAUGGAGCCCAGCUACAGUAUUAUCAUAUAUUGUAGAAGCAGUGAAAGGCAUACAACACCUAAUCUUUUAAGAGAGAAAAAACCCGAUAAGUUGGGAUCCUAAUGACACCUGUGUAACCCGGUUAGCAAUUGCUAGUUGAAAGUCGCCUUCUUUACUGCUCAGCAGAACCAUAUACGAAGGAAGUAACAAUACAUGUAAAAAGAGUUUGCGUUUUGAAGGAUCUGCUGUUGGCUUGCUUGCUUGCUGGUUGCUCUUGCUGUGCAUUUGCAAGCUUCAAAUUGUAAAAUUCUUACUUUUUGCUAUUUGAUCUUUAUAUGCAUUUAUGUGUUGAAUUAAUAGGGAAUGCAUUGAGAAUAUUGUAUUUCAUUGACUCUUAUUUGAUUUUGCCAGGAAUUUAUUUUCAACA